GUUGAAGGUUCUCAAGAAAUGGCCUCCAUGGCAGGUGCUGUCCCGGCUGUGGAACAAAGGGAGGAAUAUGAUCCUUUGGCUACACCAGAUGUUGACAAGUUGAAUGCUGCUUACCUUGCCGUCCAUGGAAGUGCCAUUUUGGGCCGGCCCAUGUGGCAGAGAACCUCAUCACUCUCACAGCAAGCAUAG